GCGGCGGCGCAGCAGUAGCGAGCAUGUGCUACGCAGCCCAGUAACCAGGGACACCGCGGCAACCGAGCCCCGGCGGCUGCGGCUCCCAGCCCCGCGCAACUCCUCGGCGUGGCCGCCUGUGCCGCCAAGGCCUGGCCCUCGCCGGGUCCCCGAGGCCCCUUGAACCGUCAGCCGCGGUCGCGCAGCGCGCCGGAGCCCCGCGCACGGGACGCGCGGGCACGGCCAGACAAAGGCGCGGCCCCGGCCCGGCCCAGCCCGGCCUGCCGGCCUCCGCGCACCCCGGCCCGACCCAACCGCUCCCGCUGGGCGCCCCGAGCGGGUCCGGCCCGGGGAGCGGGGGCCGCGGCCGCCGAGCAUGGGGAAAUCCAACAGCAAGUUGAAGCCUGAAGUUGUGGAGGAGCUGACCAGAAAAACCUACUUCACUGAGAAAGAAGUACAGCAGUGGUACAAGGGCUUCAUUAAAGACUGCCCCAGUGGGCAGCUGGACGCUGCUGGCUUCCAGAAGAUCUACAAGCAGUUCUUCCCAUUUGGAGACCCCACCAAGUUCGCCACGUUUGUUUUCAACGUCUUCGAUGAGAACAAGGAUGGCAGGAUUGAGUUCUCCGAGUUUAUCCAGGCACUGUCGGUGACCUCAAGGGGGACCCUGGAUGAGAAGCUGCGAUGGGCCUUCAAGCUUUAUGACUUGGAUAAUGAUGGCUACAUCACCAGAAACGAGAUGCUCGACAUAGUGGACGCCAUUUACCAGAUGGUGGGGAACACCGUGGAGCUCCCAGAAGAAGAGAACACACCAGAGAAGAGGGUGGACCGGAUCUUCGCCAUGAUGGACAAGAACGCUGAUGGGAAGCUGACUCUUCAGGAGUUCCAGGAAGGCUCCAAGGCCGACCCCUCCAUUGUGCAGGCGCUGUCCCUCUACGACGGGCUGGUAUAGUCCAGGCCCAGAGCUGUGAUGUGUGGGAACCACAAGCCUCUUUCUGUGCCAUGAGGCCACCGCAGCCUGACACCGCCCCUGUGCCCACCCAGCCUUCCUCAUCUCCACAAAGCCAGCCGCCCUUGAGCCUCCAGGCCCUGGUUCUCUUUCCCCUUGCCCUGCAUCCACCUGCCGCCUGAAGCCACUGGUUCCAAUCGUCAACAACCUCCGCUUGUCCAAAACAACGACAAACCGAAACAACGGAAAGGCUCCAGCCCUUUGCAAAACUGAGCGCCCGGCUGUCUCCCCUGGCAGCCGCCCCAUUCUUCCUGCUGUCCGGCCUGUGUGCUUUCUUUUUUUUUUAUUUCAAACGGACAUUGUAAAAGAAAACAAACUACCUUCUGUUCUAAAGGAUAGUGACCACUGGGAGAAGGCCUCUGUCUCAGAGAACUCAAUCUCUGCCUGGUCCCCUGCAGUGGUGGCCAGGGGCAGCGAGGCCACUGGCAGGCUAGGGUGUUAGUGGCAGCGGCUCACGUGAUAACAGUAUUGUGCAUUUUGUGGAGAAACCGAGGGUUUUUAUACUCAUAUCUAAUCGAACCUUUUAUUUAUUGGUUAACUCUUGCUGCUAUACCUUGUAUGUCCGAAACUCCCAGGAUGCUGGGCCUCCGUUUACAUGUGCACACCCUCACCCACCUGCCCGCCUCACUUGGGAGGAUGGUGGCCUGCAGCGGCCAAGAAGCCAAAAACUUUUCCUCUUUUUUUUUUUUUUUUUUCUCAGAUACUGUGUCCCAUUUUUGGAGAGGCGAAGGUGGGCAUUGCUAAAUGGCUGAUGUACUGUUCCCCCAGCUUCUGCCCUGGAGUCCCCACCCCUCGCCUCGGCUCUCCUUGGAAUCCAUAACACUUUUUUUCAAGAACAAACUUGAGGUUUUUUUUUAAUUAUUAUUAUUAUUAUUAUUUAAUUUUGCAACUUUAAAUUUGAUGUUCACAGCAGAAAGAAAACGGAGAGCCUGUUCUGGGAGUGGGAACUGGGAGAGAGUGUCUGUCACACAGUGGAGAGCAUAUGAAGUGGGCCUCCCUGCAAAUGGCUGGCCUCGGCCUCCCUGAUGCUGAGAGGCUGGGUGGGUGUGGCCUGUGAAUCCCUCUGCUCUCCUGCCUCUGCCCUUUGCAGUAGGCUUCUUCACUACCCGGAAUCUGAGAACGAAGGAGGAUGAAACCAGGCCAUGUUGGUCCUCAGGACUGGGUCCAGAGCCAGAGAGAUGGCCCCAUACUUAUCACCAGGAGCAGCGGGCAAGCAUGGCUUCUCUGGGACUUUGUGGUCUUUCCCUUCUCCGUCAGCAGGGCUGGGAGGCCUGGUGGUUGGCCUUGUCGAUGUGGUGUGAUUCUUAGCCCAGAGCUAGGGUUCCUGUGUUUGUGACGCUGUUCUAUGGCUGUGCUUUCUAGACCCUGGAGGGCACAGGUUGUAUGAAUGACAGUAUAACCCCUAUAUAGCCUCUGGGCACAGCCUCGGCUGCCGGAGUGUGUGGUCUGCCCCAGGGGCUGACUGUGUCAUUCUCCCCUUUGGGUUCAUUCUCCCCCUGGGGAGCUUUCUGGGGUGAGCCCCCCAGCUGCAGAGGCAGACCUGAGCCCACAGUUCUUGCUUUCUAGUUUGUGUAGCCCACCAUUGAGAGGGGGAGAGUGGUCCCCGGACUUUUCUUCUGCUCUGAUUUUCCUGUAAUCACCAUACUUCUGGGAGACCAAAAUCUUCCUUGCUAAUGCCCUGUGGAUGAGCAGCUGUCCCCUGGAGGAUUGAUGGCCCCCAUCAAGAGGUGGCUUUGGCCUGUCUGUCCAUCCCUGUGGGUGGGAAUGCUUAGCCAGUCCGUGCACACACCCUCUUCCUGGGUAGACCUUUGCUCAUGCUGUGCCCAUUGCUAGCCCACCAGACCCCACAGGGCUCCAGCCACACAGGCAAUUCUCUUUGAGACCUCUUUGGGUCAUCUUCCUGCUUGGUCCCUGACAGGGUUUCUAGGACGGAGAAUAGAUGUGGUGUUGUAGGUUGAGAGGACCUUUCUCUGGUCUCUGGAGACUCAGUUGUCCCCUCUGUCAGUAGACACUUUUGGUGGCAUCAAGACCCAGCGAUUCCUAGCUGAGGAGAGGCUCCUCGGCUAAGGUGUUCACUAAUGUCUGUGGGUCCUGGCUCCCUCUCAGCUUCUCCGCUUCUUGGUUUGUAGCCUUUAGCGUGGCUUUUGGUCUUCACGGUUUAUGUCCUUGGGUCCAAGCCCCGGACUUUGAGACAGCCCUGGGCUGACUUUUCCUGGCAGGGUGUCGGACACUAUUUUUGCUCAAGGCCGAGUGCUGACUGAUGUCUGUCUCUCUUUCACCAGCAGUUAGCUGAGGCACACAGCAAGCCCAGAAUCGGAGGCCAGACCUCUUCUGUGCAGCCCGGGGUCUCUCCAAGUUCAUUUCCACAGAGGCCCCACCCCAUCUGAUGCUGCUUUCUUCAGGGGUGUGGUCCAGCCAGUGAGGCCAGGCCCCUGGUCCCUCGGCAGACCCUCCUCUCUAGGGCCAGGAAUGCUGUGACCCCCUUCUUCCCAGCAUCUGCUGCCCACCUUGUGUCGACGGUGACUUAGGAGCCUAUCACGACUUUUCAGUAUCUAGCCAGGUUUAAAAUAACAAGGCAAAUGUAUGCAACAUUGACAGACAUCUCUUUCUUUAAAUGGUCUACAGUUUGACAGUCGAUUUCCUAGGAAGCUGUGUUUCAUUUGCACUUCAGGGGACCUUGUCUCUUCUAGGAGAUAGUGGGGUGUGCAGUCCCUGGGGAUCCAUGGCAUCUCUCCUGAGAAAGCCCCCACUGCUGGCCAAGCAGAAAGCCCCCAAGAUUCUUUCCAGUGUGUUUCUGUAUUUACUUGAUCCAAGGAUGCAUGCCCCCCGCCCCCUGGUGGUGAUGAGCCGCAGUGGCACCCGGGGAUGCAGUGGUCCAGCCAGAGGUGAGGCUAGAGGUGGGAAGGCCGAGGUGGGGGCUGUGAUUCCAGAGGUCCUGGGCCCCCAGCCCCACAUAUCUGGCAGCAUGCCUUCCACCCACCCCUCUGCUAGGUCAGCUGGGACUGGCAAGGUAGUUGGCAUAAGGGCACAGUGGGAAGAUUUGUCCUCCCAACUUUAAUUUUUUAAAAAAAUAUCUGCAGAAUAAAUUCAAUGGUUAAUUUUUGAAUGAAUAAAAGGCUUUUGUUGAAUAAACAGUUGGUCCCAUCUUCUGUGUUGGCAUUAGGUUCAGGUUUUGUCUGCUUCCUAGGGUGGGGGCCCCACCCAACACCCUUCACCUCUGCAUUCCCGGACCAAGUCUCCAGAUUCCUUCCCAGGACGUUGGAGGAGUUUACAUUACCCACUGGAUCUGUUUCUCCAUGCCUCAGAAAGAGGCCAGCCACCUUGCAGGGGUGACAGGCCAGCGCUGUGUGGGUUGGUGAUCCUAGUGGGUCCUACAGCUCCCGACGGAUUCCCCGCUUGUGUCCCCAGCACCCUCGGUGUCUCUCUUUGGGGUGCCGUCCUGUCUAUGUCUUGGGGGACAUAGGGAGCCCCUUGCCUGGUGGUGCAGGCCAAGGCUUUGUCGCAUGUCUGGGUCUCCUCCCUGCUCCCCAUGUAUGUUGUCUGUGUCUGGCCGAUUAAACAUGCUUCCUGGACCUCCCCGCCUCCCUGUGUGGGCCUGGUGCUUUGU